CUAGACGAGAGUAGGACCUCUACUCUUGUCCUCAGCAUCUGAACGUUUCGGCGUGCAUAACCAGUCACAUAAGUCCAUGUGUGUACUGAGAAAUAUCUUCACAUGCACCGUACAUAUAUGUUGCUAAUUAUAGCAUUGCGGGGCUUUAUGCUUCAUGCCAGAGGGAAAGUCUUCUGCUGACUAUCUCCGACAUGGAUCAGGUCCUUCAUCCUCUUCUUUGCCUUUCUAUCCAGACCACAACUCAGAAGUAACCCCUUGGAGUGGUAAUGGCUCCCCCUCCAGGGGCUCUAGUACUGAACACUACAGCCAAGAAUGGAGACAAGCCACACACCAAAACAACGCUCGUAUACCUGACCAUUAUCUAGAAUCAGCACCACCUCUAUUUUCAGCUUUGGAUUCAGCAAACUUUUACACAAAUUUAUCAUUUGACCAGCUUGAUUUAGAUGAAUCUACAUCAGUAACUAGUCCAUUUUCAAUUCCUAUCAGACGACGUGAUUCAAGUCCAAAUUAUGGCCUUUCUCCUUCUUCUCUUCUCUACAAGUACUCCAACAUUGCUGGUAUGCCAGAAAUGGACAAUAGAACAGUUUUGUCCUCUGUACACGAUGAGUCAAACACAAUAAACUCAACAACCACAGCAACAACUCAUACAUGCAAGAAACCAGGUGGUAUUGCAAUGUCUGAACACUCGACUAUCCGCAGCCCAGGUCAGGGAGCUGAGUGUAACUUGACAUCAGGCUUUCCUGUUCAUCAAACAGCCACAAAUCAAAGCCAGUCAUAUAAGCCUAUGUUUGCAAAGUCACCGAGUCUUGAGUCCACCCACUUUCCAACAGCAGCUGAUGCAAUAUUUCACAUGCAUGCAUGUGAUGACCAGACAUUUGCUGACUCUGUUGACAAUCUCUCACUUUUUCAGCCUCCUGAUUCAGCUAUUCAAGAUAUGGAAACAUUAGAUAUUGCUUACCCCCAAAGUGCUCUUCGCAAAGUUGCAGAAAAUUUUAAGCGCGAUAAGAAUGACCUUUUCCUUCCAGUUCAAAAGAAGCCAGGUGAAACUUGCUUUUCUGCAAGUAAUAAACAAGAAAGCACCUUCCAGCAACCUUUUUGCCAAACAGUAGAUGAUAUUGGAUCAAAUUAUUUUGAAAGUUUUUAUGACAAUCCACAAAUUUUUCCAUCUAGUUCUUCAGACUCUGGUACUGCCUUUGGACAACAAAUGUUGAAAAAGAAUUACUGCUCUGAAACAGAUUCAGCUCUAUUGGACGUUUUCUUUCAGGAGGAUUCAGACCUUAUGUAUGAUGAUAAUAGUCAAGGGUUUUCCAUGAAACACACCAUGGAUACCUCUGGGUAUGAGGAAAACGAUGGUGAUAAGCAGGGGAAUAAGAAAUAUGUUGGAUCUACAUUAAACCAGCAUGCGCCUCGGCCAACAAAGCUACAGACAGCAGAAUCCACCAAAGUGGUAGCAGAAGUACUUGCAGGACUGCUUGAUGAUGUUGAUGUUCCUUACUAUAUGAAUGAAAUUGAAUCUGGUGUAACAAGCACACCAGAUGGAAAAGAAAUCUCUUUUCUGUGUGAACCAUCCAGUUUGUCUAUGACAAAUUCUUGGAUUCCAUCAGAAGAGAAAAAUGGUAGGAGGACAGAUAGCGGUCAAGUUGUUUUGGAACAGAGCUUUGAUAACCGAAGCCAGCAGGCAGAAUGUCAUGAAAUGGCAAUCAGUCCAAAAUUUUCAGACUCUGGUUCAAUUAUUUCUUCUAUUUCUUCAUCAUUUACUUGUCAAAAUGAAAGUUAUGAGAAUUCACAUAAGGCUAUGAGACACCCACCACCCCCUCCCCCUCCACCACCACCUGAAGUACCUACCCAGAAAUCUGUUACGGAUGUAAUCACCUUACCACAUGCUGCUGCAGCUAAAGUGGAGCAGGAUAAUCUGCAAAAGAAGCUGGCAAAGAUCAUAGAGGAAGGAACAGGUUUUGAGAAUAGCCUUACACUGGUGUCAUUGCACCACAAUCAGGUGGUUCCUCUCAUGCAGGAAGGACCUUGCUGUGGACUUGUGGCCCUAGCAAUGGCAAAAGACUUGAUGGAGAGAACUGAUGUAUCUUUUGAGGAUAUUCUUGGGACUAGCAGAGCCAGAGGAUAUACAAACAAGGGCGAAAUGUUCUCUGCUUUUGACAUGGGGGCAUUGGCUAGGGAGGUGUAUGGUUGUGAAUGUGAAGUCUUGGAUAUGGAGACCACAGGAUCUAAAGAGCUUUUCCUGCGCCACCUUGUGGGAGGCAAUAUCUGUCUUGUUCCAUACGAUGCAGAUGCAAACCACGAACCUUGUAUGAAAAAGGGACAUAAGGCGCAUUGGACUAUUCUUACAGGAAUCCUGUUUGUUUUACGUUCCUCUGAGGCUGCCUCGCUUCCAAACGACUUUCUUAUUGAUGAGAAUAUACCACAACUGUACCAUGUCCAUAGUAAGACUUCUUCUGAAACACUCCAACAAAUCCUUCGCAUGGCUGAUCGCAACAACAUACUUGUGUAUGGAAGACAGGGGAAAAGUCGUCACACUGGACUCUGGUCCUUAGGGAGGCUGCUGACAAGCAAUGCAAAUCUGUUGGAGGUCAGUUCCCAGAGGAUGGGCGAGUCUAUGGAGGACUUUGUUCUUCCUGAGAAUGGCAUUGUUCAAACUCUUUGCAAUAAGAUUGUUAUCUUGUACAAGUGAAUGUUGUUAUUGUUUUUAUCCUGUUUAAUAAGCAAGUGAAUACACUGCUGCCCCAGUGGUAUAUAAACACAUCAGUUGGCCCUGUGUGGCUGCUAAACAUGUAUUAGUUGAAACUUUGCUGUACAUAAAACUCAAAGAAUACUCAAUAGAAACAUUUCAUUAUUAACCAAAACCUUUUUCCUGGAGUUCUUCAAGAGGGGCUAUCUUUUCAUUAGUUGAUUUGACUACUUGUUUCCAUGUCGGCAGUGUAGGCUUCCAUAGGAGGUUUAUUCUUUCAUUAUUAACAUUACACUCCUUGUUGUGAACAAAUAUUCAUAUAUUUUUAAAAGUGUUAAUAUUCAAAUUUAAAGUUAUUGGUUUUAAUUUUUUGUACAAAGUCUUUGAAAAGUAUUUUUUCUUUGUGAGCAUUUUGGGCUGUGCAGCAGCACAUAUUUUUAUGAUAGCAAAAUUGUUAGUUUUUACUAUUUAAUAUUUGAAAUCAAAUGCAUAGAAAAGAAAGGAAAAAACUUAAUGUACAUGGAAUGUUUUGAGUUUUGUCAGCUUAUGUUGAGUCACUUGAGUGUUCAAUCUGUUUAAUGACUAAACCUUGGUAAUGAGGUAACAAGUCAAUCUCUGUUUUUACAAAACACAGUAUUUUUUCAUGACAGUUGAAAAUAUUGUGUCAUUGCAGAGUUGAUGGACAUACCAGUUAAUACCAUCUCUGUAUUAAUAUUUACAGUUGCUUUGUCAAGCGUAUUUGAAUGUUGAACAAUAGGUUCUUGUUACUGUUGUUAAUCUUUUAUCAAAAUAAUGAUUUCACUUUGUGUAGAAAAAGGGCAGGCGUGCCCUCUGUUUGGAAUGUAAUAAUACAUUGCUCUGUUGUGUUUGAUACUGUUAAUCUGUGUUUUAUUUAUGCAGUUAUUAAGACAUUUUUUCACAUGGCCUCUCUGCCUGUUUUUUUUUCAUCAGCUUUUGAUGAAACUUGUGCAGCAGUUACAUCAAAGACCAAGGCAAACAUUGAGUUUAAGCAAAAUCUCAAUAGAAUUUCAUUUAUUCUGCAGUACUUGGUCAAUGUAACUCACACAAGUUUCGUAUUUGGUUUUAGGUGAAUUUGGUCUGUGUUGGUAUUGAUGUACACCGUGAAAAAUCACGGAAUAAAUGACUGGUGGGAUUUUAAUUCCUUUUAGCAGUAUUUUACAUAAUUGAUGUUAUACUGGUAAACCUUGGAAAGAAUCCAUACCUGUUUCUGUAAUUCUACUUAAUGAGAAUGUUUGUGACCAGUGUGAUUUUGUUAGAUGUGUCAAAAUUUAUUUUACUCUCUAUAGGAAAUAGUAAUGUAAUAAUUAUUGUUUCCUUGUCAUGUUAUGUAAUAGGUCAUACAAAAUUUGGUAACUAUUUUCUCAUUACACUCAUCCCUUUUAUCUUGAUGAUUUAGACAUAGUUUUCUGUUUCAAAGUAUAAUUUUCAUAAAUGAUGUCCUUGUCAUGGUGUUCAUUCAAAGCUUUUUUUCUUCAUUUUUUUUUUCUUAAUUAAUGGUAUUUUUGAGCACAAUUAGUUGGAUAAACAUCUUACUAAUAUGAAUUUAUUGACAUCUUUAUUAAUAUUUAACAGAUUUGUAUUUAGGCUUAAUUUUCUUUUUUCAAUUUACGAUAUUAAAAUGUUUUAUAUUUUGUCAAAUUGAAGAUACGUAGAUUAUGUAUGAUGCAUACCAUGUAACUCUAGUGUAAUGGAUAGCGUUGUAUUUGAAAGUAACUAGAUUUAUAGUUGUUAUUUGAAAUGAUUUUUUUAAAUGAUGUUCAAUUUUAUAUCUACUGCUGGCUGAGAGCUUUCCAGUUCUUCUGUUUAGGUUUUUCAAGUGAUUUUAGGUAGUUCCUAAAAAUAUAACUAGGAGCUAUUACAGAAAUAAAUCUUUGUUAAAUGUUUUUUUAUGCUGUAAGAAAUAAAAUGGUGCUGGUCUCUUUAAUUCACAGUAAACAUCUGUUGGAUGUAGUUGUUGAUCUGAAGGAUCCAAGAUUUAGUCAAAUUUUCAGAUUUUAUGAAACAAUCUGCAGAAGUUGAAUACUGUGGUUUCAGUUAUUGUUGUGUUUUGAACGUCUUUUAGGCAUGUUUACCAUUGCCUAACAUACAUAUAUCACAUUUGUUUUGAUGUACAAGACGUUCAUGUACCUGUAUAUAUCAAUUAUAUCUACAUGUUUAGAUAUAACUACCAUGUGUAGUGAGGGUCAUGUUGGAAACAUAUUUAAAGUCACAUAUGCAUAUAGAUAUAUAUUGUCUAUCUGGGAAAUGUAGGAUAGGUUUUUUAUUUAAUUGGUUACCAUGUUGUGUAUUGUAAAUUUUGUAUUUUUGCCUGGAAACUUUCCUAGAACUUAAUACCCUGUUUUACAGUUAGAGUGAUGUGUUCAGUAAUGUUACUUAAAAAAAAAUUCAGUGAGUAAUGUAGAUAAUACUUCUACUUCACAUAAGGUUUGUUGAUAUUGUCAUAAUACCAUUGUCAAUAUAUCUGCAGUAUAUAUUUUAUGUAGAUGGGAUUGGUGUUUAGUGUUUUGUUGUUUUUGUAAUUUUGUACUUUAUUAAGUAAUGGCAUUUUGAAUUUUUUUACUUCUUCAUUCACAUCCAAUUUCUGAAAAACUUAUUUACUUCAUCAAUUUUUUUCAUCCUAUAGAUAAAAGUCCAUACGUGAUCAUAUCACAGUUCUAUUGAAUGUACAAUAAUCAUGGCAUGAUCCGGUCUCAGUCUGAAGGAGACAGUAGUAAAACUAUGCAGCAUUUAAUACAUACAGGAAAAUUUUUUUUAAUUCUGUGAGUGAUCGGUCCAAGGAAAUUUGGAUACAGUUGUUAACCUGUAUAAGGAAAUUAUACUGCUUGAUUUGUCAAUUGUCACAGGCAAUCUCAUUAUUAACUGCUGUUAUGGUACCGUCACAACCACCUUAAAUAGAACUGCUGUGACUAAUGAUGGUAAUUAAGAUACAGUGCAUUAAUUACAAUUUUGCUGUGCUUGCUUAAAGGGAUAAGAUAUACUAGUAGAUACACAACUGUACUUUAUUGGUUAGCUAGCAAGUAACUCAUUAUAUAAGGUAGGUGAUGUUAGUGUCAGAUGUUGUAUAUCUAUGUAAAAUGCAAGGGACUUGGAUUAAGUUGUCUUAAGAUAUAAAUAAAAAGGAAAGGGGAUAAAGUUGUAUUCCCAAGGAUUUAAAAUGUAAAGGACUGGGGUAAGUUAUAAGGAUGUAAAUUGUAAAGGACUGGGAUAAGGAUGUAAAAUGUAAAGGACUGGGGUAAGGAUGUUAAAUGUAAAGGACUAGGGUUAGUUAUAAGGAUGUAAAAUGUAAAGGACUGGGAUAAGGAUGUAAAAUGUAAAGGACCGGGAUAAGGAUGUAAAUGUAAAGGACUGGGAA